UCCCCUGUUGAAUGUGUGGGAGUUAGAUGAAACAGUGGCAAGAAAACAGAAGCAAAGACAAAUUGUGAGAAGCUACGAAGACAGAAAAAAAAAGAAAAACGCAGCUCAGCUUGAAGCAGGAAUGAAGUAUCCUGCAGCUCCUCAGAAUAAAUCUCUGUUAGAUAUGGAGGUGGCCAACUACUGCGAAGGCCUGGAUCCAUCAUACAGCACACUAGGGUUUGAGAAUGCAGAGGUUCUCUAUGCAGGAGGAGACAGUAUGCCAACAGAACCAAGCCACUCUGGUCCAGAUGGGCUGAACGCUAACUGCGCAAUCUGUGGAGAUAAAGCCACAGGAAAACACUAUGGCGCUUCUAGCUGCGAUGGCUGCAAAGGCUUCUUUAGACGCUCCAUACGAAAAAGCCAUGUGUACACCUGCCGGUUCAGCAGACAGUGUGUGGUUGACAAGGAUAAGAGGAACCAAUGUCGCUUCUGCAGACUCAACAAAUGCUUUAGAGCUGGCAUGAAAAAAGAAGCUGUACAGAAUGAGAGAGAUCGGAUCAGUUCCCGAAGAGUCAUCCCAGAUUCUCAAGACCUUCCACCCAUUACUGUCUUAGCACAGGCAGAGUCAUUAUCCCAGCAAAUCAUCACUCCUGUAGGACUAGUAGACGUAUCGAAUGUGAAAUCAGCCACUGUAGGGGAUGUAUGUGAUUCUAUGAGGCAACAACUGUUGGUUUUGGUGGAAUGGGCCAAAUAUAUUCCUUCCUUUGGCGAGUUGCCACUGGAUGACCAGGUGAGCUUGCUCAGGGCUCAUGCAGGUGAACAUCUCUUGCUUGGGGUUGCCAAAAGGUCAAUGCCAUUCAAGGACUUUCUCCUUUUAGGUAAUGGCUGUGUGAUACACAGGAACGGCCCUGAACCUGAGAUUUGCAGAGUUGCCAGCAGAAUAUUAGACGAACUGGUCCAGCCCUUCCAAGAUAUUCAGAUAGAUGACAACGAGUAUGCAGCUCUCAAGGCAAUUGUCUUUUUUGACCCAGAUGCAAAGUCGUUGCGGGACCCAACAAAAAUUAAGACUAUGCGUCUUCAGGUUCAGAUGAGUCUGGAAGACUAUAUAAACGACCGUCAGUACGACUCCAGGGGUCGUUUUGGAGAGCUCUUACUGCUGCUUCCCACCCUGCAGAGCAUCACCUGGCAAAUGAUUGAACAGCUCCAGUUCAUUAAGCUAUGCGGCCUGGCCAAGAUAGACAACCUGCUGCAGGAGAUGCUGCUGGGAGGGCUAACAACAGAGUCCAGCCACCUUCACCAUGCGGCACACACCCAGUUGGCCCAGGACCAUGUGACUGGACACACCCUUGUCAUCAGUACCAUGCCUGCUGCUCACAUUCCACAAAUAGCUUCACCUGAGACUCCCAUCCCAUCGCCACCACAGGGUCCCACUACAGAAAUGUACAAACAUUUCCCUCAGCCUCAUUGUCCUCCUGCCAGCCCCUCACCUUCUACACAGACAGACCCCUGACUCCUUCCUGCCGUAUGACAGAGUCUUUCAUAAAAUCAGUUUUUUUUUUCUUGGAUGCAUAGUUUAUUAUACUGAUGUGAAAGUUAGGAAGGCACUCCUUAUUCAGAAUGUGUCUUAAAGACUUCCCACUGCCUGUUCCCCCUCCUCAGUGUUACAGCAACAAUGGUCUCAGAAUAAUUGCCUGCCUUUCAAAGGUAAGCUUUUAUUCAAAUGUAAACCCUCACAAGUCUAUAUCUUUCAACAAAAGACCAGACAGAGGAGCUUCAGCUGCAAUGAUGAGAGGACGCAGAGCAAUUUAGGGGCUCAUUUAGAAUCCAGCUGGUGUUCCACCCAGCUCUGACCAUUUGGAUCAUUCCAAUAGUCAUCUCACAGUGGUAGGAAUGAUGUGUGUGAGUAAACUGUAAUGAUGGCUUAGCUGUAACUUCAUUAAUUGAACAGCCUUACAUGACAACAGGCUCAGUCAUCUGAUAAAAUGUAUAUAUUUUGAGCAACUAUUGCUCAUGGUUUCCAGGCUUUGAAAGACAAAUUUUCUGGACAUUUUCUUUGGUAACGCUGAUUUGUCUGAAUGAAGUAGAAUGGAAAAUAAAAAGAACAAUUCUGAGUGUGAGAUAUGUUAAUGAGGUAUACAUUUUUGAGCAGAAACCUUAAUUUAGCUGCUUUUGAAUUAUUCCAAUAUUUGCUCAUCAGCUAUCCAUCUAACCCAUAUGUUUAAAAACAAAAAUAAGAAAGCACACAAGUCUUGGAGCUUUGGAGUUUAUGUAAAUGAUUUAACUGAAAGUGAAGAACAGAUGAGCUGUCAAAGUGAUCUGUUGCCUGCCACAGUCUCCAAAUCCAGCCAGCUUGGCUCUCUGACUUGACCUGACCCAAAACUGGAUUUGCACGCAAAGUAGAUUAGAUAAAAGACAAAUGGUUCAACAUGAAACAGCACAGUGUAAAAAAAAAAAAAGUAAAACAUAUUAAAUCACAAAAGAAUUUGCAAAUUU